GAUGAGGAGGCUAGUUAGGGGAAUCCGCAUUGAUUCACUCAUGUUCCCUCCAUCUUUCUUCCACGAGACUUGUUCACAUCACAUGUUGUAGCUAGGCUAUUUGCUUUGCUUUUCUUCUGGGGCUAGUUAGAUAAGAAGUGAGCAAGUGAACACUCUAAAAACUGAGACUAAAACAUGGUCUCCGAGACCUCUUUCUCUUCCUAUAAUCGUUCUCCCACACCCAAGUUCUGCAACUCCUUCACUACUCGUAUCUUUUCAGAUGUUGCUGGGGACGUUACAAUUGUGGUAGAUGGGGAGUCAUUUCUGCUGCACAAGUUUCCCCUGGUGUCACGGAGUGGAAAGAUUCGGAAGAUGGUUGCUGAUGCUAAGGAUUCAAAUAUUUCUAAAUUGGAGCUCCUCGACUUACCAGGUGGCCCCCAGACAUUUGAACUAGCUAUGAAAUUCUGUUAUGGCAUGAACUUUGAAAUCACAUGUGCAAAUGUUGCACGUCUACGCUGUGCUGCAGAAUACCUGGAUAUGACUGAAAACUACCGGGAAGAAAAUCUCAUUGAACGAACGGAGGUUUACCUGAAUGAGGUUGUGGUUCAAAGUCUUGAAAAAUCAGUGGAAGUCUUAUCCACCUGUGAGAUGCUACCUCCAAUAGCAGAGGAGGUUGGAAUUCCAAGUAGAUGUGUGGAGGCUAUUGCCAUGAAUGCUUGCAAGGAACAAUUAGUAUCAGGUUUGUCUAGGUUAGAAUGUGACAGUGAAUCUACGGAGCUUAGGAGUGGUUGUCUUGAGUGGUGGGUUGAAGAUCUCUCAGUGCUGAGGAUUGAUUUCUAUCAGAGAGUUAUUUGUGCCAUGGGGAGAAUGGGUGUUCGACCUGAUAGCAUUGUCGGAUCUUUAGUUCAUUAUGCUCAAGCAUCAUUAAAAGGCAUUGGAAAGUGUCAAAUAUGGAAUCCAGCAAGGACCAGACCAACUUCUGGCUUGGUAGAAAAUGACCAGAAGGCAAUUGUGGAAACUCUUGUUAGUCUAAUGCCAACAGAGAAAAGUUCUUCCAUUCCCAUGAAUUUUCUUUUUGGGAUGUUGAGGAUGGCUAUCAUGGUGGAUGCUACCAUUGCAUGCAAGCUUGAGCUCGAAAGGAGGAUAGCUCUUAGGUUGGAAGUGGUUUUACUUGAUGAUCUGCUUAUACCAUCUGUCCAAACUGGGGAUUCAUUAUUUGAUGUUGAUACUGUCCAUCGGAUAUUGGUGAAUUUCCUGCAGCGAAUUGAAGAGGAGGAAAAUGAAGAUUAUGGCUAUGAAUCAGAAUGCCUUGGUUCUCCAAGCCAUGGUUCUAUGUUGAAAGUAGGGCAGCUUAUUGAUGCAUAUCUUGCAGAAAUUGCCCCUGAUCCUUAUCUGAGUCUACAGAAAUUUAUUGCUAUGAUUGAGAUACUGCCUGAUUAUGCUCGUGUCAUUGAUGAUGGGCUUUAUAGAGCAAUUGAUAUUUAUUUGAAGGCUCAUUCAAUGCUAACUGAUAAUGAAUGCAAGAAGCUCUGCAAGUUCAUAGACUGCCAAAAGCUCUCUCAGGAAGCAUGCAAUCAUGCUGCACAGAAUGAUAGACUCCCAGUACAGAUGGCAGUGCGAGUCCUCUAUUUUGAGCAGCUUCGUCUGAAGGAUGCUUUGUCAGGAAGUUCUGGAGAUGGAUUUCUGUCGCAGAGAAUUAGCAGUGGUGUCCCCAGUGCUGCAAUGUCCCCUCGAGAUAAUUAUGCUUCACUUAGGAGAGAAAACCGAGAACUAAAGCUUGAGGUAUCAAGAAUGCGAGUGAGGCUUAGCGAGUUAGAGAAGGAGCAGACGUUUAUGAAACAAGGGAUGAUUGAUAAAGCAGGGAAUGGAAAAACUUUCUUGACCUCACUCUCUAAAGGGAUUGGAAGGAUUGGAAUCUUUAGCGGUCCAGCAGGAGGAAAGAGGCACAAAAAUGGUCGGAAGUCUCGUGGAGCAGACGGGAAAUCUGGUAGGAGUAGGAGGCAUUCUGUUUCCUAGCUUUAGUGUUUAUAUUUGAUUUUGUUUUCUAAAGAGAACCAAAGGCUUUGAGUGUAUACAAGUUCAUGUUUCUUUAUGAUAUGGCAUUCAGUUUAA